ACAGUGCGCCUACAAGUACGACUGGUCGGCAGAGCGUCCCCGCUCACCACCGACACCGCAUCGGCAUGUGUCCAGCGCGCGCGCAUCCCUGCCCGUCGCGGCCUGCACCUGUACUACCUGUAAUCGUAGUUAUUGCAUUAUUGACCGCUACGUCUACAUUUGCAUUCACCCUCCCGACAACGCAAGUAUAUAUUGUGUGCAAGGCACCCACGCAAGAAUUAUGUAAAACAAAAGAAGUUGAUCCUGAUGAGGUUGUAGUAAUUUUACGGCAAAUAUAUCGAAACGGUGUUAACAUUGCGCAGGGCUGUGGGUUAAGCAAAUUCAAUCCUGUUCCUCAUAAAGAAAUUAAGGUACAAUCUUUAACUACUAACGACGAUGUUAUGACAUUACGAUGUAAUAAAUACGUGGUUCUGCGAGGACAUCCACUCACGAGUCGAAAAAAGCGCGCAUACCGAGGGCGUUACAGAGGUCAGACACAGUCGCAAUAUUUGGCCAUAAAUCAUGAAAAUGGUAAAGACGAUGGCAAGGCAGAAGCUCAUUCAGAUGUGGAUUCCUCACGAGCGAGCGUUAGUGGGAGUAGCGGCAUGGGUCAGGCACAAAGUCAAUCUAUGUAUGAUCCCAGCUGCGACGAAUGUUAUGGACGGGGCGAUAAUGGAGUAGGAAAUUUAGUACGACCAACAGGAAAUGGACAAGUCCGAGUACCGAAUCAGUGGAAUACUGGUGGACUAACUUCACAUCCGGGAGGUCAAGGUGGUGGGUUCAUUUCCCCUCAAGGGGGUUCAGUCGGAGGUGGAUUUAUUACACCCCAAGGGGGGCACGGGGGUGACGGUCGUGGGUUUACAUCACCAACAGGUGGUCCUGGUGGAGGAGAUGGCGUUACUUCACCACAAGUAGGGCACGAAGGCGGAAGUGGAUUAACUUUACCACCAAGAGGGCAUGGUGGCGGCGGAUAUUCUUCACUACCAACCAGCCCGAAUGGUGGUAGGCCAAACGGAGAAAAUACAUUUACUUCACCACAAAUGGGAAACGGCGGCGGACGUGAAUUUAUUUCACCUCAAGGGGGGCCAAGUGAAGGUAAUGGCUUCACUUCAUCACUCGGCGGUCCUCGUGGUGGUGGCUUUGUUCCAACUCAAGGAGGCUCUGGCGCAGGAGGUGGAUUCACAUCACCUCAAGAAGGACACCGUGUUGGAAAUGGAUUAACUUCAUCUCAAGAAGGGCCAGGUGGCGAAGGCGGAUUUCCUUCUCCUCAAGGGAGACCAAUGGGUGGUGGAGUUUAUUCACCACAAGGUAGACCAAGUGAAGGAAACGGUGGUGGAGGCGGUCUCAUUUCACCUCAAAGUGGAUCAGGAGCAGAAACUGGAUUGACUCCGUCUCAAGGCGGAAGUAGUUUUCUCACCUCGCCUCAACAAGAAUCAGGACGUGGGGGUGGGUCAACCAAGCCUCAAGGAAACCAAGGUAGUGGAGACAGAAUAACUACACCUCAAGAGGGAAUUGGAUUCAAUCCCUUUGGUUCAAACUGGCCAAUGUACCCACUUUUGCCAAAUGGUGCCACGUAUUUUUGUUGUGUAGUUGGUCCAAACAUUCCAGGAUCUCAAGAAGGUGGUGGAUCAUAUCCCUGGAGUCCCGGAGCAUUGGGAAUCAGUGGAAACCGGCCUAAUGCCUGGACAAGCGGUGGUGCCAAUGUACUUUAUCCUACGGGAACUGGAAGCGGUGGUAGUCAAUAUGCUACAGGCACAGGAGGUGGAGCUGGACCAUAUCCUACGGGCACAGGAGGCAGUGGUGGAACAUAUCCUACAGGCACAGGAGGCGGUGGUGGACCACAUCCCACUGGGACAGGAGGCGAUAGUGGACAUUACCCUACAGGCACAGGAGGCGCUGGUGGAACAUAUCCUACAGGCACAGCAGGCGGUGGUGUACCAUACCCUACGGGCACAGGAAGCGGGGGUGGAACAUAUCCUACGGGCACAGGAGGUGGUGGUGGAGCUGGUGGACCAUAUCCUACGGGUACAGGAGGCGGAGUUGGACCAUAUCCUUCGGGCACAGGAGGAGAACCAUACCCUACGGGGACUGGAGGUGCUGAUGAACCACAAAAUGUAUUAGAUCCAAACUCGAUAGCGGGGUCAUUGGAUGGCUAUGACUCUGAGGCAGAAGCCAGUGUCCUUCAAAACGCAAAUGGAACUUCAGCUAGUGCAACAUCCAAAGGUGGCAAUGAAAAGGGGCACGCACAGACAAAUGUACAAGGAACUUAUACCGGUAGCGGUUCAUUUUCAGCGCAAGCAGACAUUUCUGAUGAAAACAAAGGAGCACACAGUGAAGUAGAGGGCGGUAAACACGGAGCAAAGAGUAAUGCACAGGGCAAAGGCCUUAAUAAUUUGUCGCAAGCUUCCGUUCAACUCGGGUCAGAAACCGGCGCUCUACAGACAAUGGCAGAAAGUAAAGGUAAUAUACACUCGUCCAAUUCCAAUGUUCAAGGCAGUGUAAAAGGUGGAAUGGCAGACGCUCAAGCCCGUGGCCCAGGUAGUACGUCAUCGCAAGCACAAAUAGGUUUUACGCCAUAUAGUGAAAAAGACAAAUCACAUGAAUUACUGAAAACGCCGUUCGUAGGCAAAGGCGUAGCUUCAGCUCAAUCGAGUGGUCGUUCUGGACAGUCACAAUCGAGCUUAGAUGGCACUUUUAAAUAUGGUAUAAAAUAUAGUGGCGCUGCGCAGGCCGGAGCUAGCGUAGACAAAGACGCAGUAUUUCGUAAUAGGUUACCAUUCAAUAGCUUAGAUGUUUAUGAUGAAAAUGAAAAAUAUAUAAAUGUUAACACAGAACGUAUACCAGAAACGACUGUGCUACCAACUCAAAAAAACACAGAGAACAAUGAAGAAGAAACCAUGAAUAGCUCUCAAACCAGAUAUUCUACUAGACAUACACACUCUGAACAUCACAAACCCAAUAUUCCGGCAAUACCACCUGCAGGAUCUGCGGGUAGCCGUCGAUCUUUUAAGACCAAUACUGGAGUGGAGUAUGAAUAUGCGACAGCAAAAGAUGAUAAUACCUUAGAUGAUUACUAUCCAGAGGCCGGUUAUACAGGUGACGGUAGCGAAACCGGAGAUGGUGAUUACACUAUUGACACAAAUUACGACGAGUACACCAGAGAAAGCGAUGCAACCCAUCAAUCCCUACACAGCUCAAACAAAAAAGGUAUUGACGUGCAGCAAUCAACAGGUGGUAACACGCAACAUAUAGUAUUGGGUUCCUUAAACAAACAUGACGCUGUGAUAACACAAAAAAGUUCGGAGCGACCCGACGAGACCCGUAUUUAUCAGCCAGGAGAAAGUGUACCUGGAACAGGAGGCUAUACUAUCCCUAUCGGCUUUACGGGAAGUGUGAAAUCUGUGGCUUCCAAAGACAAGACAUAUGUCGUUGGGUAUAAAGAUUCACCGUCACAGGCACAAACUGUUUCUGUUACUCCGGGAACUGGCAAAGUAAAAUACGUGUACCCUAGUAUUCCCAGUGCAUAUGGCAGGAAUGUUAACCCUCCUGCUUUGCGAUCCCUUCAUAAUAACAAAGCCGACAAUAACAAAUAUGUCUCAGUAUCUAAAUCUGUGACGCGCGAUAUGGAUGCAGAGAAUAAUAUACGCAAGCAAUAUUCACACACCUACUAUAGCAAAUCGUCUUCAUGUGGAUAUUUCACAUUUACCUGCACUAUGGUAAGUGGUGUCGACGGCAUAAAGAAAGUUUGUAAGCCAAAAAUUCCAACAAACCCAGAUGGAACUCCAAUGAAGUGUUAGUAAUAAAUAUCUUAGGUCCAUUAUAUGCAUUCGUAUACUACUUGCAUUUAUGUACAUAAUAUUUACAACUUCUUACAAAACAUCGAAAAUUUUGUUAUAAGCCUCGAAUUACGUGGCAUUAAUUAUAAAAUUAAAUAUUAAAGGA